CCCAUCUGCUCUCGCCCAGCAUGUACGCCCUCCGCCGAUCCACAGCCUCCUUCCCCCGUCUUUACUCAACAGCACCCCCCAAGCCCCCCGUAAAGCUCAUCGCCGAGCUCCGCAAGCUCGCCGAAGGCGUCUCGCUCACCAAAGCCCGCGAGGCGCUCGCCGCCAGCAACAACGACCUCCCCGCCGCCCUCGCGUGGCUCGACGCCGACCGCGCCGCCUCGGGCGCCGCGAAAGCCGCCAAGCUCGCCGGCCGCGUCGCCGGCCAGGGCCUCGUCGGCGUGCAGGUGCUCUCCCCCGGCGCGCGCCCCGGCGCGAGCGGGAGCGCGGUGCGCGCGGCGAUGGUCGAGCUGAACUGCGAGACGGACUUCGUCGCGCGCGGCGCGCUGUUCAACAAGCUCCUCGCGGACGUCGCGCACACGGCCGCGUUCCUCGCCGAGCCCGCCGCGUCGCGGGGGGAGGGGUUCGUCCGCGAGGUGAGGCUGGACGCGCUGGGCGACGCGCCGCUGCUGGACCACGCGGACCCGGUGGGCGCGAGCCCGGCGGGGCGGCUCUCGGCGCACGCGAACACGGUCGGGGGCGCGGUGCGGGACUUGGUGGCGAAGGUGGGGGAGAAGAUCACGCUGCGGCGCGCGGUCGCGGUCGCGCGGGACCCGCUGCCGUACGCGCAGCGGCGCCUGGGCCUCCGCGCGUUCCCGUACGUGCACGGGGCGGUGACGGUGCCGACGAACGGGACGAAGGGCGCGCUGGCGCUGCUGGCGUUCAGGAGCGCGAGGCUGCCGGAGCUGGUCGCGUCGGAGGCGUUCCAGAGGGAGCUCGCGGCGCUCGAGCGGUCGCUGGGCCGGACGAUCGUCGGCUUCCCGGUGACGAGGGUCGGCGAGUCGGAUGGCCGGGAUGCUGAGGCUCUUUAUGGCCAGCCUCCGGACAUGUUCGUGAACAAGACGGGGAGCACGGUGUUGGAGGAGUUGCGGAAUUGGGCGGAUAGGAACAAGUUGGGCGGGGAGGGCAGCGGGGAGGACGCUGCGCUUGCGGUGCUCGAGUUCAAGAAGUGGUCGGUUGGGGAGCCGCUCGAGAGCACCGAGAGCUCAUGAGGCGUCGACUCAUAGAGCUCGCUGGCCAUUUACCUAGACAAGUUGCGCUACAACAAGUAUAAUGCUCGUCCUAAUGCCGGCUCUUCGGAGUCGUAAUGCCAACACGCAUCUCUACUCGACAAGUUGUGCACGCUGCCUUACAACAGGCUGUCUUGCUGGAGGAGUUUGAGAGGACGCACUCACGAAUCUGGGAAGAUUUCCGCGCAAAAUAUCGGGACGGGGAUGUUGUCCCUUGCGCUCCUGGGUGUGCUACGACAAAUAAAACUCGUCCACGUCAGGUAGCUAUCAACACAGAUCGUCGAAAUACCAUGACCGGGAAAUAUCUGGC